AUGAUUGACUACGGAAGUUUUGGAGACAUUUUCAAGAUCAGUCCAAGCAAAGGAGAGAAGAAGAUAUAUGCAAUGAAGCAGAUUAAAUACCGCGGGGACUUUCGAGAUGACGCCUAUAUCAUGAGUGAACUGUAUUGUCUUUCCCGCCUUAAGCAUAGGAACAUCAUUGCCCUGCACGAUAUUGUGAUUGGUGUCAAUGAAAUUAAUAUCAUAAUGGAGUACGCUGCAAACGAAAACCUUCAGCGUUACUUGUUGUCCCACAAAGACAUGCCACGUGGACAGAAGUAUGACAUAUUUACCCAAGUGCUACAGGGCGUUAUGUAUUGUCAUUCCAUGGAGAUUUCACACCGUGACCUUACUCCAGUGAACAUUCUACUGACCGACGAUCUAGUGGUCAAGAUUGCAGACUUCGGUCUCGCCGUCAAGUGCAUUUCUGACGCCGGAUCGCUGUUGCUGUGUACGGAUUAUAUCGGUACAGCGUCUUAUCUCCCGCCAGAAGUACUGUCACAACAGCCAUUCCUGCCUAAACCAGUUGACGUCUGGAGCCUCGGUACCCUCCUUAUAUUCAUCAUCUGUCUCGAGGUUCCAUACAAAGGAUUCCAAGAUGACAUUCUCGCCCAACAAAUAAAGGAAUCGUGGGUAGACUUUAUUGAAAUCAAAUCGCAAGCGUUUGACUGCAGAGUUCCCGAAGAAAUCGUUUGUUUGCUUAGACAGUGCCUCAGAAUUAACGCGAUUGACAGAAUAAACAUUGACGAGAUGUUAUGUAAAUGGGACAAAUGCAAGACGAUUGCGCUAUAA